GCCGACGACGAACGACGUCGUGACGCUCCCCGCUCCGAACGUAUCGCUCGACGAAAACCGAAUUUUCGCGACAAAAGAAAAAUUUCGUCGCAAUAUUUCCUUCUAGUUGGAUUUUUGACUAGUUUCAAAACUGUGUUUUUGGGAAUAUAUUUUGAGUGUGUUCAGUGAUAAUUGAGAAUUACUGAGUGGAUUGUGUCAACAGUUUUUUGUUGGUUUUUGUGAAUGGAUGUACAGGUGUAGUCGUGAAUGGUUGUUACUUAAUACUGUCGGAUUCUGAAGUUUAUUUCAAAAUUUUGCUGAAGGACUUGAAAAAGACGAUGGUGUUGCUGAUGUGAAUCAUCGUUAUGUAGUGUAACCCUGCGACUUAGUGUAAAGUGUGAGUGUAGUGUAGUGCAGUGUAGUGCGUGAUGUCAGAGUGAGGCCCAUACAGGCCAUCCAAGGCCAUGAGAAGGCCAAGGCUCAAAUGUGCCGCGUGGGCCUGGCUUGCGGUCCUCGCGGCCUUAGGAAGGACCACCGCGUACACGGACACUGAGGAGUUUUUGAGUGACCUUGAUAAACCAGUGCCAACAUCAGACGUGCAGGGAGUACUUGGGAAGAAAGCAUCACUACCAUGCGAUAUUCAGCCAUUGCACUCAGAUGAUGACGUGGUGAUGGUGCUGUGGUUCAAGGAGUCUGAUGGUGACCAGCCUUUGUACAGCUACGACAUCAGGGGCCGUUCCAUCAACCAGCCGAAGCUCUGGUCUUCUCCGACCGUCUUCGGGAACAGAGCAUUCUUCCGUGGCAGUGCAACUCCCGCGGUACUCAUGGUGGACAAUGUGAUAGCCAGCGACGCUGGCGUUUAUAGAUGCAGGGUAGACUUCAAGAAUUCGCCUACUAGGAACCUCAAAGUUAAUUUUACUGUUAUUAUACCACCAAAUCGUCCUACAAUAUACGACGCAAAAAGAAGAGACAGAACGAAACUAGUGGAGCCUUACAACGAAGGGUCUAACGUCCUGCUCAUAUGUGAAGUAGAAGGAGGUAGACCAAGGCCACGAGUGACGUGGUAUUUAGAAAAUGUGGUGAUAGAUGACUCAUUCGAGCAGAGAGCUGACGGUGUGACGGUGAACACGUUGACAUUCCCCAAUGUUGGCCGCCAACAUUUGAACUCCAGGCUCGUCUGCCAAGCCUCCAACACCAACCUCGCGCAACCUGAGACCAAAGUCCUUAUUUUAGAUAUAAAUUUAAAACCAAUAACAGUGAACAUACUAACAAAAGAGAAGCAAGUAUCAGCUGACAAAAGAUACGAAGUGGAAUGCAAAACGACAGGUUCGAGACCAGAGGCGUACGUCACGUGGUGGAAGAACAAUAGACAGCUCAAGAGGAUGGCGAAAAAUUUUUCCGAGAACAACGAGACGUUGAGCGUGCUCAGCUUAGUUCCCAGCGUCGAGGACGAUGGCAAAUAUUUGACAUGCCGAGCUGAAAACAAACAUAUACAGGACUCGGCUAUUGAAGACAAAUGGCGGCUCAAUGUGCACUAUGUCCCAAUAGUGGAUUUGAAGAUGGGCUCCAACCUCAACCCUGAUGAGAUCAAGGAGGGCGAUGACGUUUACUUCGAAUGCACUGUCAAAGCUAAUCCCAAGACACAUCGCCUCGUCUGGUUUCAUGAUAAUUCAGAAAUCUUCCACAACGAAGGUGCAGGUAUUAUCCUGAGUGCCCAAAGCCUGGUACUGCAGAGUGUCACCAGAGCAGCUGCAGGAGACUAUACGUGUAUGGCAGCCAACAGCGAAGGGAAAGGGACUAGCAAUCCUGUCACACUGCUGGUUAGAUAUGCUCCAGUUUGUGCGGAAAGAAGAGAUGGAGAACUAUUUGGUGCUCUCAAACAAGAAACAGUGUCAUUACACUGUUCCGUGGACGCGAACCCAGCACUCGUAUCUUUCCAUUGGACCUUCAACAACUCUGGUGAACAAACGGAACUGCCACCAAAGUUAUACAGCAGUCACGGUCACACAUCGACCCUCAACUACACCCCGACCACAGACAUGGAGUAUGGCACUCUGGCCUGCUAUGGAGAGAACGCGGUGGGGCAGCAGAAAGUACCCUGUCUCUUUCAGCUGGUUGCUGCAGGACGUCCAUUCCACCUGCAGAACUGCUCGGUAGCCAACCAGAGCAUAGACUCGUUGAACGUGGAGUGUGUGGAGAACUUUGAUGGUGGUCUCCCUCAGACCUUCCUCAUGGAACUGCUGGAGCUACCUUCACUCAUUGUCCGCUACAACGUCUCCACGAACAAAACUCCUCCGUACUUCGAGAUUCAUGGUCUUCCACCAGGAGUCAGCUACAGGAUCGACCUGUAUGCUGUCAAUGCUAAGGGAAGGAGUGACGUGUCUACUAUUGAAACUGUCACUCUCAAAGGACAAGCUAAGUUUACUGGAGAAGGCAGUGCGCUAGGAAUGUCACCAGUGCUAGCAUCCAUAGCAGCGAUGUCAGCUCUGCUGGCGACUGCAGUGUGUGGGGUACUGGCUGUAUUGUACAAACGACACGCUGCUAGACAUCGACAUCUACCUGCCAAACAUGCACCUUUGAGUGAAGCCAUGUAUGUGGAACGAGCACCUCACUGCCCGACUCCAGUUAAGCAAGAUGCGGAGUCCCGCGCCAGCAGCACUGAGCCUCGAGAUCGAGGAGACAGGGAACGCACAGCACGAGGAGCGUUACUUCAUACAGCUGAUCCAAGAGACGCUGAUGAUGCAGACCCGGAUAUUAUACCCAGUUUAUACGAACGGAGGCCAGUAUCCAACGGGUACAUGAGUCUCCAGCGCCCCCCAUCUUCAGGGAAGAUCACCAAGCUGAGCGGCGAGGACGUCCGCUCGGAGCCUGAUGGGGGAGCCUACUACACAGAUUAUAGGAAAAAAGAUUAUAGAAUACCUUUAACUAGUUCUUAUCAUAGUUUAGGCCGCGUCAACAAAGGCGUGAAUGCAUGCAGCCCAAGUUCUGCAACAGGCGUGACGUCAUCACUGACAGCCCACCGACUUAGACCUGAAGUCGUGACGACCUCGCAUCGUGUGCAAGAGAGCUGUAUAUAAACUUGUCUACCCAUCCUUUGUACAUAGACUUUAAACUAAGUAUUGACAUAAGAAUAAAGAAUCUGAAAUAGAAGCGAAUAUCGAUUUCCUCUCUGAAUUUAUUUUGGAUUUUUUUGUAACCUUCAUAAUAAAAGGAUAUUAUUAUUAAAUUGUUUGUUAACCUUCUAAGCUUUGGUCGUUGUCUUGGUUGUAUACAGUUCAACUGCAUCAUAGCUAACAGUCUUUUCACGGACAUUAAAAAAAAAUAUUUUUUUUUUGAAUAGAUAAUUUGAAUAAAAAGAAUGAAAGAUCUUAAAAGCAGUUACGCUUCUAUACGAUGUCCUUAUUCUUAUGGUAUUGACUGUGUUCCUUUAAUAGUGUAAAAACGACAUUUUUGUAAGAGAUUUAUGAAUUUUAAUUGUAUGUUUCUAUGUGAUACGCUUGGUAUGCCGUCGGUCGGUUUAUUGUAAAUAGUAGAUAGAUAAGUAAAAACAGUUUUUACAUUGUUCGUCGUACUCAUUUAUUUUGGACUACUGACAACUUUCUAGAAGAAUGGCUCGGUUUCUUUGAGACUAUGAAAUAUAUAAAAAUCGUUUAUUAUUUUCUCCAUCUCAACAAAUAGACAUCAAAAAGCAACGAUGCACACAUGAGACUUUAAAAAAACCUCACGACAAACAUUCUUACAAUUGUAAAUGAUCGAAAAACUCACACAUUACUACACUUCAUAUUCUAACAAAUCAUUGUUAAACAAUUUAACGUCCUCAACAAAAAAGUCAACAUGACGUUUCGAAAAGUUACACAAAAGUGACGGUUUUAGGACGAAAAGCAACAAAUAGUCACAUUGAGAGCAAACGCUGGUGAUUGUGGGCAAACUGUAGUAUGAUUGAUUCUCGGAAUGGGCACGUUGGUCAGUUUGGGCGAUCAAUUGAAAUGGAGGAUGUGGAGCUAUGAAGGUGACGGGUUGAUAUUUAACAGACGACUGAUACGACAAUUUAUAGACGAGUCAAAUAAAUUACAUGAAUGAUUCGAUCUGUAAAUCUAAUUACCACAUGAAAAAAAUAAACACGCAUAAUUUUACUUCAAGUUGUUAUGUCUUAAAACUACAACAAUUCGCAAAUCCAACAAUAAAAGUACUCUGCAAUUUAGAGCUAUGGUUUGAUACAGACUUCAAUAACAAUAUCAUAACAUUUUUUUUUUGCAAUAGGUAUGUAGUUUGACAUAUUAAACCCCCAUGGGGUCACGAGAGACCAACGCUAGCAGAGGAUUAGCCUUCAACAAUUUUCUAUUGGUAAUCAAAAACUUCAAUACAAAAAUAUUCUUCUUUUAAUUAACUAAAAAUCGCGGGUUACUCACGUGAAUAUACUAAGAAAAACCACUUCUAGUUUCGAACCUAUUAAAUAUACUUCUUUUGCUUCUGGACCAUAUUCCUAACUUUUUAAUUGUGAUGCAUUUAUCAAAUCAAUACUACGUUACAUACCUAUAUUUUUCUAAGCCCACAAAGACCGCCCGCCAUCUUUCUAACAUCACUGGCCACACGCGACGUGUCGUUAAGUUGAACGACAACAUUUAUCCACAGUUAACGCACUAACAGUUAUUUAACUCAGUCGUUGUAGAUUGCUCACAACUAGUUUUAACGUUGUCAGAAUUAUGUGCUCUUAAGUUCACGCAUGACAAGCCAACUAGUUGUAUCGGUGUUCGUUGUACCGCCGCCAAUGAUUGUCACUUGUCAACAUUGUAUUAGUGACAAUCAUUGGCGUGUGUAACAUGUGAUUUGAGUGCGUUUAUAGAGCAAAAAGGAAAUGUAACUGAUGCAAGGUUAAUACAUGGAAAAUCUUAAUUAUUUUUAGUUUAUUUUUUAAGAAAAAUUGUUUGUGAUUUGUCAUUUGAAUAAUUUAACAGAUA